AUGGCUUCAACAUUAAUCUUUAAUGGUAGAGUUGAUGGAUAUGAAUUAAAUUAUAAAAGUGAUGGUUCCGCCACUUAUACUUUAAAUGGUGCUCUAUUAUGGAAGCAACAAUGGAUGACAGCUUGGUCAGAUUAUAUUAUGUUUAAAACAAGUGAUAAUAGAAUUUGUUUAUUAUCAUAUAUGGAUAUAAAUGGUUUUUUAUCGGGCGAUAUCUUGACAAACACAGGCUUCACACCAUUACUCCGAACAAGCAUGGAUCAAAAUUUGGAUUUCAAAUAUUUAUCAGAGUUUUCAGAUAAAAAAGAUGUUGUUAUUGCUUUGAAUAAAACUGGAGGUCGUAAAUUCUAUACUAUCAAUCUCACAGGCUCCACAAUCACCGAAUUCACACCAAGUUUCAGUGUAACAUCAGAACUUUUCAAGAAAUCCAUGGACCUAGAAAAAAGAUUGUCCAGACUAGAGAAUUCCAGGGUCACUACUCAAAUUGUCAAAGUUGCUACUCAUGGAAAUGUGGUAAACUCUACGGAUUGGGUAACAAUCGCAGGUUCACAAGCUUCAGUUGUCAUUAACGUACCAAGUAAAGUUGUUGCCAUUGUCCAAUACCACUCAUUGGUUACGGGUAAUCUGAGUGGUACCUAUAGUAUUGAUGUUACAUCUGCUCUUAACGGUAAUCUAAUGACUAAUGGAGGUAUGAACAAUGCAUGGCCUGUUGGUUCUUCAAUAAGUCAAUGUAGCGCCUGGAACAAUGGAGUUUCAGUGACUUCAGAUAUUCUUCAACCAGGAAUUUACAAUUAUGAGAUGAAAGCAAAAUUAAGAUUCACUCCUCCCGGUGGAGUAGGAUCAGUAAAUGGACCAGGUGCUGUUAUCUUUAUCAUGCCUCUGUAA